AGGAAGAAAAACCUUCCAGUGUAACUAUUGUUUACUAAAGGAUUUUAGCCCUCAUGGGUUUUGGCUAAGCAAAACCUUGUUACUAUGGGAGGCUGAGGCAGGUGGAUUGCAAGUUGGAGACCAGCCUUAGCAGUUUAGCGAGCCCGUCUCAAAAUAAAGUUAAAAGGGCUGGAGAUGUAGGUCUGUGGCAAAGUGCCCCUGGUUCAAUCCCUAUUACCAAAGGAGGAUUGUAUAAAAAGUAUAAGAUCAUGAGAGUUCUGACUCAGUAAAACAGCUCUCUGCUCUCUAACCAUUUCUACCCCUGGCUGCUGCUCUUCCCACCAGGAUUUCCUAAAUACAUAUACUUUUCUGCAGAUUGUUGACCUGUCUUUUAAGUAUUGUUUUAUUGGAAAAAAUAUAUAGCAGUAAUAUUUUUUAAAGUUUGGGUGAAAAAGAGCCCUUGCCACAUCAUUCUUGCUAGAGGCUCUCAGCUUGGUUGUGCAUUAGAAUUGCAUGGGGAGCUAUUUAAAAUACUGACUCCUGGGUGGCCUCCGUUAUACUAUUGUUCUGGUAUUGCUAUUCUUAGUUUUGCUUAUUACCUUCUAGUCUUUGUCUAAUAUAUAUAUUUUACCUCUUUGCACAAGCCAUGUUUGAAAAAAAAAAAGUCAAUCUACUUUUUAGUUUAAAAAAAAAUUCUCUCUAUCCAAGAAAAACUUCACACAUAAACCAUUUGGAAGUAAGAAGUAGAUUUUUUUUUUUCCAUUUAAAAAUGUCUUUUCUAAUUCUAGAAGUAAGAUGUGUCCAUUAUAGAAAAUUUGGAAAAGAGGCAAAUUUUUGUACUUCUAAAAUAAACUGAUUUCUAAAGAAGCAGCAUGUGAACCACACAGCAAGGGAUUCUGGGCAGAUAUGAAGUGGCCCUCCCUCAUGGCAAAGCUGCUGAGACUGUGGAAGGAUUGACAAGAGACUAGGGUGACCUGUCCUCUGGAUGAAGUCCAAAGUCCCUGGACAGGGCUCUCUCUGUUCGUGUUCAAUCCUUCUACAUAGAAGCAGUGGUUCCCGAAAACCUGGUGGGAACUUUGAGGUCAGAAGAGUGCUGUGGUCCAGUGUGGGCUUUAGUGAAGCUGUCUGUGAAUUUCCUCCCUGUGGGCUUCUGCAGCUCCACUGUGUCAGAGAUAGGAGAGCAGAAGUGGGUGUGUUAGUCAUCUAAACUGCUCGUUUCACCCCUCUCCUUACUCUGUAUGCAGUGGUCUAACGCCCCCCAAACGCAGUCGUGGGAAGCCAGCCCUGUCUCGAGUGCCCUUCCUGGAAGGUGUGAACGGAGACACCGACUACAGUGGUUCAGGCAGAAGCCUCCUGAUGCCCUUUGAAGACCGCGGAGACCUGGAGCCCCUGGAGCUGGUGUGGGCCAAGUGCCGAGGCUACCCCUCCUACCCUGCCUUGAUCAUCGAUCCCAAGAUGCCCCGGGAGGGUCUCCUGCACAAUGGUGUCCCCAUCCCUGUCCCCCCGCUGGACGUGCUGAAGCUGGGAGAGCAGAAACAGGCAGAGGCUGGAGAGAAGCUCUUCCUUGUCCUCUUCUUUGACAACAAGCGCACCUGGCAGUGGCUUCCAAGGCACAAAGUUCUUCCCUUGGGUGUAGAAGAUACUGUGGACAAGCUCAAGAUGCUGGAAGGCCGCAAGACCAGCAUCCGCAAGUCAGUGCAGGUGGCCUAUGACCGUGCAAUGAUCCACCUGAGCCGAGUCCGGGGACCCCACUCCUUCGUCACCUCCAGCUACCUGUAAGGAUGAGGCUGGGUUUGCUUCUGGCUGCCCUGCCUGCCUCCGUCCCAUGGGGCACAGAGAAGCCUCUUCUGCCCAGCCAGAUGUAUGGCCGGCAGUUCCCACUCAUGGCAGGCCAGGGAUUGGACUGUGUCCUCACUUAGGGCAAGGCCUCAGUUUUGACCAAUAACAUGGUUUCCCUGGAGGGCCUGCUGUGUGCCAAAAACUCCCACCUGAGGUCCAUCAGGGCCAUUCCACUGAAGAACCACUUAGAAGUAGAAACAGCUGUGGGGCUUGGGCCCAACAAGGAGAUGGACCUGGCCCAGAAGGCGAGAGGUGCUAGGCUCCUUCUCAAGGGGCUGCCUGGCUCCUCCAGCCCCUUCCCAGCUAACUACACCUCAGGGCAGGCGAGGUUCUGACACUGAUCCCAGAGAUGCUGUGGAUGCGCCAGGGUCCCUUGGGGAAUCCCACUGAGCUCCCCUUCUCCCCCUCGCCAACCCAUUCUCAACCUAUCUUGUCUUCACCCUCUUUCCCUGUUCCUUUCCUUCCUUUCUCUCUUGUGCCAAACUGACAGAAACAUCACCAAACUUGUCUUUUUCUUUAAAGUCUCAUUCCCUUCCUGGCCGGCUGCUAUGCUGGGUGGAUGUCUCUGCCAGGCCCCUCAGGGUCCAGGCAGGGGCCAGCCCACCCGUGAGAACCCCACCCACCAGCACACCUCCCCAUCCCACUGACCUCUGCUGCUGCUAAUAGGGCUGAGCCUGGCCAUCUGAGCAUGCCCCAGGGUGAAGUGGCCCUCUUACCCUCUCCCUGUCUUGCUGUGUCAUGGGCCCAGGCUGGAGUGGGCCCCUAUCAGCAGACCAGGCUGAUUGUGAGAGUAUCCAUCUGUCCCCUGAGAUGCCAUGGGCAGUUGGGAUGGAGCGGUGCCCAUCAGCUGGGUGUGCCCUCUCCCUCCUCCCCUCUCAUGGGCUUUUUUGUUCUGUAACUGCAGCCUUAAAGCUCUCCACCACCGUGGACAGCAUGGCGCUGCCUUCGCACAUCCCCCUGCCUGCACUCUGCCCCAUGGUUCUGCCCCAUGGCUCUGCUGCUCCCUCCUCCCAAACCAGGGAACAUAGCCCUUGAAUUUCAUCCCCUGUCUCCUUCCCUCUUUCUCUUCAACCUCCUCUCCACCACCUUCCCAAAAAAUGGAAGGGAAAAAACAAUACAAAACUGUGAAUGGGGAAUGCUGACUGACAAACCAACGCAGCUUUCAGAGGCUUCUAUGUUUGUUCUCUGGACAUUUCUUUUUUCCUCCUCUUAAACACCAAAGUCGCAGGCCAGCUUGCAGGCCACUGACCGCCAUGUUGAUUUUUAACUUGACGUUCUUUUUAAUUGUUUUAAAUUUUUCAUAGGGGAGUUUUGGACAAAACAAAGUCACUGGGGAGAUCACUGCCAUUUGUACACACUCAACUUUUUAAAAAUACAGCCAACCACACACUGACUUCUUAUACAUUUGGGACAUGAGCCAGAGUUUAAAAGGGAACCAACUAAACUCAAUAACAUAAAGGAUGGGAUUUUGGAUUUUGUACAAUAAAAACAAAAAAACAAAAAACAAUUCAGCAUAUGGCUAGGGAAGGACAUGGUGUAUAUAAUUGUAAAAUACUGUUCUAAAUUAUUCAGGCCUAUACUGUCCAUUACUGGAGUCCUCCAUUGUGUGGCCACACAGUGUGGUUUAUUUAAAGGAGCCUACGCGUCCCCUCUCCCCGGGUAGUUGGUCAACUGUGGACUCUGUGACCUUUGUCUAAACCUGUGUUGUAAGAUCUUGGAGCUCUCUCCCCACUCCCCCACUCCAUGUCUGUCUCUCUCUUCUCUUCCCCUAGCACUUUCUUUUCUUAGUCUAUUUUUCAACCUCUGAAUCCUUCAGUCUCUCUCUGAGUCUCAUUUUUAAAAAUGCUCUUUUAGAACGCGAAACGGCUCAGAUCCUGCUGUGGCAUGGGGCCUGUGUGUCUCUGUCGCGUCUGCUGUGAAGCACAUGAUGCUCUAUUUAUUGUAGAAAGUGACUUUAUUUGCUUUCUAGAAUUGUUUAUAACAGAUGGUAUAAGAGAGGUAAUAAACAGAGAAAAUCUAUGCCUGUAAAGAAUACAAAAGUUAAUUUUACCUACUAUAAUAUGACUGUCGGAAACUUAUUUUCUCUCUGAGAAAUAAAUGUUCUAAUGGGCAGCAA